GAAAUCCUACACAUGCGAGAAUUUAUCUCAGUUAGUUUGGACAUUGAAAGUCUCGCAAUUCGCAAAAUGUUCCGAGGAAAGGGACUAAACCGAGGCUGUAGACAGAGCCAAGGUUUAAAUAACGGUUCAUGCACGACUGUUAACAUAAACAGCGCCACCAACCUUGCAAUAUGGAGUAAAGUGUAAACACCUCAGCCCGGUCAUGUGUCAACCAAAAACGAAACUAUAAUUUCCUGAAAUUCUCAGUAAUCAUCCCCGCAUCUUCACAAAACAUCAGUUCAUUAACGUGGAAGUCGAUGGCCGAUGCAGUUUUUGUGUUGAAAUAGCUCUUUGUAUGCUGCUGAUCAUCCGUCAGUCCAGUUUUCAGUGAAGACACAAGCAGCAUGGAAGGAAGCUUACACACAGCAAUGAAGGCUGUUGGCCAGGCUAUCCAACUGGAUGGUGCUGGCGACAACAAGGAGGCAUAUUACAGAUACUUGGCUUGCAUCCAAUACAUUUCACAAACAGUACUGGAAGACUCUAAAAGUCAAGGUUACCAAGGGCCAAUCAAGACCAAAGGUACUGCCAAAAUGCUGAAGUUGGCCCAGCAGUGCAUGGAUCGUGUGACUGCAAUCAUGGAAAACACAGAGGAAGGCGAUGCUUCUCAUCUGACCCCACCACCUGGUGACCAAUCAGGUCGCUUUAGUCCAUCCAUUAGGAGCUUUACCUCCUCUCCCGUGCCAUCUGAGCAGCCUACCAAGGCCUACGAGCCACUGCCUACAAUUGGCACAGCUCCUAAGCCUACUGAGCUACCAUCAGCCGGUGCUUGCCAGGUGGUAACUCCAACAGCUUCACUGCCUGUUCCUGUUGGCUAUACCAGACCUCAAACAGCCAGGAAGGAUAAGUUGACGCCGUUGGAGGCAGCAUAUCUAGAAAACCGACGUUUGAUAAACUCCUACAAAGCUAGACUGGUUCAAUUGAUGGAAACAAACAAGGGCAAAGGUCAACUUAACAAGACGACAAUGAAUUUGACACUCCAGCGGAGGUUAAUGGAAAACAUGGCCAUCGCUAGAGCAAGGGAAGCUGCUCUGGCUAAGAAGAUCCAGGAGCGGCACCAGCGCUUGCAGGAGGAAGCAGCACGGAGAUUCUCUACCACCGGGGAACCAACGAGGGCUGAGAUUGAACUCCGACAGAUGUAUGCCAGCGUUAUGGAGUUUGAAAGUAACGAGAGCUGGUUGUUGGAGUGGCGACACAAGCUACAAAAGUCGCCCCGAGACCUACAGUUCAUCCAUGCUCUGAUUGGUCACAUCUUAGCCUGCCCCGCCCACCCUUUCACCCAGCUACUCAAGAAGUUUCAGUUUACCGUCUACCAAACCCUGCUGCCGCUGGUGCAGAAGGACACUGACACACUGGAGCAGAUCAAAGUGCCUUACAAGACAGUGGAGCCUCUGAAGCUGGCUGGCUCUGAGCGGAAAGUUAUUCCCCCUAACGGUUUUGCAAACCCCGGAGACCUGAUGGACAAGAGUCUUGAUGAGGACCUGAUGCGUCGACUCCAUGCUCUGAGGAACUCUAGCGAUGAUGAGAAGAGGGAGUCCCUGUAUGGUGACAUGCUUGCCUCCUCCUCAUCCCUGAAUGAAGAUGAAGAAGAUGAUUUGUGGGAUGAGCUAAAUGAUGGUGAUAACACAUUAGAGGAUGGCAUCGGGGCGGAGUUAGAGGAUGCCAGAGAAGGGGGUGGGAUUGCAUCGAACUUGGACAAUGCCUCCAUCAAGAGCAAAGUGUCUGUUGAAGUUGAGCUGUGUGACGACCGGGAUGACUCUCAGGUCAGUCAUCACAGCGACGGAAAUGGAAACAACGAUGAGGAGAAUCUUGGAGAUGCAACUGUUAGCAAUCAGGAACACUCUGUUGAUGAAUGCGGGGAUCAGGGAAAAGGAGGAGAGAAUGGUGUAUCGCAGGAGGAGGAAGAAGCUAGAAUACUGGCUGCAGAGAUAGAGGAGGAGCUUGGAGAUGAUGAUGGUGAGGAUGUCGUCAGGCAGAUGAAGAGAAUCAGCGCUGAGGUCAAGGAAGAUCUCCAGGAGGCACUGGCAGAAGGGGAAGAACUGAGAAUGGAAUUGGAAAAACAGAUUGCACAGGACACAGCUCAGGGAGCAAUCCCUCAGAAUGGAGAAGAUAGCACUGAAGAGACAGCUGACAAGUCUCAAGAUGAUCUGGAUAGAAACUCAGAUGAUGGAGAAGUUGACCAAAUAUCAUUGACUCCAUCCUGUGAAGGUGAAAAAGUAAGCGGUGGUGAACCUGAAGAAGCAGAAAGCAAUGGUAACAGAUCCGAUUCUGAAACCAGCCCCAAGCAGAGAACUCUGGACGAUUCUGAGCAAACAGAUGACAGGAGUCAAGGAGGAGAGAAGGAAAGACAAGAGGUCAGGGAGGCAAAGCAGAUGAGCAAGGAGGAGGAGGAACAGCAGAGGAUUGCCAAGCUACAAGAGGAUGCCUUACAGAGGCAUCUCAAGCACAUCUCCAAGGAUAUCCAGUCUUAUCUAGAUAGACUGCAAUCCCUAUUGGUUGCUAUCUAUGAGGAGCUGGAUUCAGCCGUAGCCAAAGAGCAGUGCAUCGCUGUCAUUGAGAAACAUUUCUUCCAUCUCAUAUGGCAGCCACUUCUUACCCUCUUCAGGCGAGCCAACCUGCAUAGAGAAAUCUCUGCCGCCACAGCCAUGACCAAAUACCAACACGCCCGGCCAGAGAAUAUCGGCAUUAUCAAGAAACUCUGCCUAGAUGACGAGAGUGACCGCUACCCAUACCAGCUAGCUGUGGAAGAACUCAGGAGAAUCAGUGGUUACUUCAGCCCACUUGAGAAGCUUGAAUGUGUAGUGAAAGCUUCUCGUGCUAUCGUUACCUGUGUAGGCGACUAUUAUGAAGCUCAAGGAAGAUCAAGGGAAAACACAGAGAAUGCUGUGGGUUGUGAUGAUUUGUUGCCCAUCUUGAGCUAUGUGGUCAUCAAGUCAGCCCUGCCGCACAUCGUAUCUGAGUGUAGCAUCAUGGAGGAGUUUAUACACGAGGGGUAUCUGUUUGGGGAGGAAGGAUACUGCUUGACGACACUACAGACGUCGUUGGGAUAUGUUCUCAAGCUUGCUGAAGACUGAUAAUACAAUACGUGGAUGACCAUAGCGCAGACUGAUGUACCCUGUGUAUUGACCAUCAUUACUGGGUGGCAUGUGAUAGGUUUGUCCAUUAGCCUAUAGAUCCUUAAUAUAGCAGCCAUGUUUGAGGUGAGUGCUUUUGUCCAACAGGGAUACACAUGAGUAAGAUCUCUAGCGCAUUCAUUGUUAAUGAAUUGAAAAAACAAAACUCCAAAUGACUGCUGUCUGCAAAAGGAUCUUUAUGAAGCGAUUUUUUUCAAGCAUAGUUUGUGGUCAAUAUCCAGAGUUACAUUGUACACCUAACUCUAUCUCUGUUACUGCUGAAGGAGAAUUUGUGUAAGGAGUCCAAAUUGAAAUUCUACAGGGUGAGUCGAAAGAAAUUGUGCUGGAUUAAUGAUUUUUUUCCCCUGAAAAAAAAAACAAUUAAAUUUGACGCACCCACCAAUGAAGUAUGUCUUAAACGGGCAUGUUCUUUCACUCAUGUGAAAAAAAAGAAUGACUGAAAAUUGAUCUAUGCUAACAGAUGUUAUGCAUAUUUUACCAUGCAGAACCCAUUUUUUUACAGCUGUAUGCUUAAUGCUUUGACGCUAUUGAGCUGAAUGAGAACAAGAGAUUACACACAGGCAUUCAAAUACAAUUGACAUUUUAAUAAUUUGAAUUAAGACUGAAACAUUUUUUUUACUGUCAGAAUUUUUGUUUUGUAUAUAUGAGGAACAUAUCAAGUCUGUUUCUGAAAUGAUGAUGGUGCUUUUUGUCUGUUUUCCUUUGCAAGUUUGGCUCGUUAUUUAAAGGGUAUUCAUCAAUGCGUAUCGGUAAUUGAUCAGUGGUGGACAGCUCAAUUUUGUGAUAUUUCUAUUAAUAUAGAAAUAACUUGUGCAUAAAUUAUGCAAAUUAUGCAAAACUUUCACAGUUACUAGUCAAUAGCAUGACAUCUUUAUGAAAUGGAGUGAGUCACAUGUUUUUUUAAAUAUUUUUUUCUAACUCGGUCUCUUUCUUUAAGACUCGGUGUACAUGGACAUAAUUUUGUCAAUCAUGUAUAUACAGUUCCUUUUAAAUAUAAAUGGAACGGGAUUUUCUUUUUAAAAAAGGGAGUUGUGGUUUAGAAACAGCUGUCCGAAUUUACAUUUAAAAAUCCACUAUUUCAACGUGGAUGAAAUCCUGAAAUUUAACAAAUUACAACAGGAUUGUAAGCUUUUUAUUCCACUUAGAAAGGGCUGUGGUUUUAAAUAUAAACUACUCCAAUUAUGAUGGUAAAUUUGGUGAUGUUUUUUCACCUUGAAAUAAUGCAGAUCAGGAUAUAAAAUCUUGCCAAUGUUUCGUAUGAGUUACGAGAAUUAUUUGUUAUCAAAUUAUAGAAUUCAAAUUCAGUCUUAAGCAACUCAACAAGAUGUAAUUCAAGUGUAAUCAUGUUUGUAAACUUUAUCAUUUAAUUUAUUUUGAAAUACAAAAGCGGCUUACAUAUAUUCAUAUUUUGAAGAAAAAAAUCAAAGAUUUAUGCGCAUGCCACAAAUGGUUUAAAAAUAGGAAUGCUUUCUUGUCAGACUAACCUCUUCCAGAAAACGAUGUCGAUGAGAAUUCCAAAUCAUAACCUUAAACCUUUUGUAUGUAAUGUAAAUUCAUGAUCAUUGUAUGCGGGAAAUCAAUAAGCACUUUCACGAUAAUAUGCGCCAUCUUGUUCACAGAGCAAAAAGAAUACUGAGCACAUAUUGGAAUGACGCAUGAUGACUUGGAAGUGCAAAAGCUUUCGAUUGAUAUGCGUACUCGUGUUCUUUUUGCCCCAUCAACAAGAUUACUGUGAAAGUGCUUAUUGAAUUGUUUAAUGUUUUUUUCUCUGUAUAAAGUUCUUUGAAAAUUCAUUGAAUUUUUUGUCUUUUUCUCUAAAACUGAUUGCAAUAAAUGAAAUAUCCUGUGGAGAUGAAAGUCUCUACAAUAGA